CUCGGGAGGCUGAGGCAGGAGAAUGGCGUGAACCCGGGAGGCGGAGCUUGCAGUGAGCCGAGAUCGCGCCAUUGCACUCCAGCCUGGGGGACAGAGAAAGACUCCGUCUCAAAAAAAAAAAAAAAAAAAAAGUUGUGUUUGCAUUAUACUGUAGUCUAUUAAGUGUGUAAUACCAUUAUGCUUAAAAAAAUGUACAUACCUUAGUUUAAAAAUAAUUUGUUGCUAAAAUAUGCUACUGAUAUCUGAGCCUUCAGCAAGUCAUAAUCUUUCUGCGGGUGGAGGGUCUUGCCUGGAUGUUGAAGGCUGCUGACUAAUCAGUGUUGUGUUGCUGAAGGUUGGGGUGGCAAUUUCUUAAAAUAAAACAACAGUGAAGUUUGCUGCAUUUAUUGACUUUCACAAAAGAUUUCUCUUUAGUAUGUGGCACUAUUUGAUAGCAUUUUACCCACAGUAGAAAUUUCUUUCAAAAGUAGAGUCAGUCUUCUCAAACUUUGUCCUUGCUUCAUCAACUAAAUUUAUGUGAUAUUAUAUAUCCUUUGUUGUCAUUUCAACAAGGUUCACAGUGUCUUCACCUGGAAUAGAUUCCACCUCAAGAAACCAGUUUCUUUGCUCAUCCAUAAGAAGCAACUCCUCAUCUGAUCAAGUUUUAUAAUAAGAUUGCAGAAAUUCAGUCCCAUCUUUAGGCUCCACUUCUAGUUCUUUUGCUAUUUCCACCACAUCUGCAGUUACUUCCUCCACUGAAGUCUUGAAUCUCUCAAAGUCAUCCAUGAGGGUUGGAACCAAUGUCUUCCAAACUCCUGAUAUUUUGACCUCCUUCCAUUAAUCAUGAAUGUUCUUAAUGGCAUCUAGAAUGGUGAAUCCUUUCCCAAAGGUUUUCAAUUUGCUUUGCCCAGAUCCAUCAGAGCAAUCACUGUCUAUGGCAGUUAUUGCCUUAUGAAAUAUAUUUUUAAUAAGACUUGAAAGUCAAAAUUAUUCUUUGAUCAGGACUACAGAAUGGAUGUUGUGUUAGCAGGCAUGAAAACAACAUUUAUCUCCUUGUACAUGUCCAUCACAGUUCUUGGGUGACCAGGUAUAUUGUCAAUGAGCAGUAAUAUUUUGAAAGAAAUCUUUUCUCUGAGCAGUAGGUCUCAACAGUGGGCUUAAAAUAUUCACUAAACUAGAUCUGCUGUCAUCUAGUCACUGUUGUGCCAUUAAUAGAGUACAGGCAGAGUAGAUUCAGCAUAAUUCUUAAAGGUCCUAGGAUUUUCAUAAUGGUCAAUGAGCACUGGCUUCAACUUAAAGUCACCAGCUUCAUAAGCCCCUAAUUGAAGUUUUGAAGCCAGGCAUUGAUUUCUCCUCUCUAUUUAUGAAAGUCCUAGGUGACAUCUUCUUCCAACAGAAGGCUGUUUUGUCUACAUAGGAAAUCUGUUGUUUAAUGUAGCCACCUUCAUCAAUUGUCUUAGCUAGAUCUUCUGGAUAACUUGCUGUAGCUUCCACAUCAGCACUUACUUCACUUUGCACUUUUAUGUUAUGGAGACAGCUUCUUUUUUAAACUUCAUGAACCAACCUCUGCUUGCUCCACAUUUUUCUUCUGCAGCUUCCUUACCUCUCCUAGUCUUCCUAGAAUUGAGGAGAGUUAGGGCCUCACUCUGGAUUAGGCUUAGGCUAAAGGGAAUGUUGUGGCUCGUUUGAUCCUCUAUCCUGACCACUCAAUCUUUCUCCAGAUCAGCAAUAAGUCUUUCUUAUCAUUUCCGUGUUCAUUGGAGUAUCCCUUUUAAUUUCCUUCAAGAGAUUUUCCUUACAACUUGGCUAAAUGCUUAGCACAAGAGAGCUAGCUUUUGGCCUGUCUUGACUUUCAACAUACCUUCCUCAUGAAGCUUAAUCAUUUCUAACUUUUGAUUUAAAGUGAGAAAUGCGCAAUUCUUCCUUUCACUUGAACACUUAGAGGCCAUUGUAGGGUUAAUUGGCCUAAUUUCAGUAUUUUUGUAGAUGAGGAAAUAUGGAGGUCCAAGGAGAGGAAGAGAGGUAGGGAAUGGCCAGUCAGUGGAACAGUCAGAACAUAAACAUUUAUCAAUAAAGUUCGCCAUCUUAUGGUGUGGUUCAUGGCACCCCAAAGCAAUUACAAUAGUAACAUCAAAGAUCACUGAUCACAGAUCACUAUAACACAUAUAAUGAUAAUGGAAAAGUUUGAAAUAUUGUGAGAAUUACUAAAAUGUGACACUGAGACACAAAGUGAGCACAUGCUAUUAGGAAAAUGGCACCAGUCAGACUUGCUUGAUGCAGGGUUGCCAGAAACCUUCAACCUGUAAAAAAAGACGCAGUGUCUACAAACCCAAUAAAAUGGAGUGCAAUAAAACGAGCUAUGUUUAUAUUCUCCUUUUGAUUUUUUCCCAAUAAUUAAAAAAAUGUAUAAACUAUUCUUAGCUUGUAGGCCACACAAAAACAGGUAUCAGGCCAGAUGUGGCCCAAGGGACCUAAUGGGUUUUGCAGGCCCAUUUUCUCAUUGGAAACCUGUAAACUGGGGACCUAUUGGCCAGAUUCAGUCCACCUGUGUGUUUGUUUCACGUCUAACAAUGUUUUUAGUUGAAUGAGUCGCCAAUAUUUUUGUUUCUUGGUUUUAAAAUGAUAUUACCUUUUUUUUUUUCAAAUUAUAAAAGUAGUAUAUCCCUACUGUGAGGUUAUUUGGAGUGCUGAACAUUUUGGCCUUUUAUCUAUGCAUGCUGCAUUUUUUAAUAGUUGAGAUAGUAUUUUGUAGACAAACUAUGUAUCUUCUUGUCUGCUUAACAUCCUAGCAGAAGCAUUUUAUAUCAUUUUAAAAAAAGACUUUUAUUAACAUAACCUUUUAAAACUUUAUGAAAAUCUUAAACAUGUGUAGUAGAGGCUAGUUUAAUGAGCCCUCAGUUAGUUUUGACAAUUAUCAGCUGCCAGCCAAUCUUGUUUCAUGUAAAUCUCCUGUUUUUUUGUUUUUUUUUUUUGCACUGUUCUUGUAACACUUCUAUAAGUUUGAAAUAUUUCGGAAUAAAAAGUUUUAGAAAUGUAGAUUACUUUUAAAAUAUAUUUUUAAAAUGUGGAUUACUAAAAAAGAGAAGUAACCACAGUACUAGACCACACAAACAAAGAACAGUAAUUCUUUAAUAACAUCAAAACAUAAUAGCAUUCGAAAAAUGAGAGGUCAUCUUUUAAAAAACCAAUUUAUUUGUUCAAGGCUCAAAUCCAAAUAAAGUCCAUACAGUGCAAUUGACACUAUUAAAUUUAAUUUAUAGGUUUCUCUCCUCUCUUUUUUUCCUUGCUAUUGCUGUAAAAAUUUUGUUGAAGAAACUGUAGUUUCCUCCUAUCUGAAAUUUGGUGAUUACCUCCGUUGGUGCUGUUUUAUGUGUUUCUCUAUCUCAGAGAUUUCCUGUAAAUUGGGAGUUACAUCUACAGCCUUGAUCAGAUUUAUAUUCCUUUUUUUUUUUAAGUAGUCAACAUUUCAUGGCUUUUAUAUAAAAAUCCUGAUUUAGGCUCCCUUAGGAAGUGCUGCAGAUCCGGCAUUUCCACCUGGCAACAAUUGGUCUGGGGUUGGGUAGCCACCAUCCCCACUCCCCACCUCCCAACCCCAUUUAGGUGGGACUUGAAUCCUCCUGCAGGCCAAAAUUCAUGACACUUCCCAUAAGCAGUUUCACACAUUUAUCUGCCUGGCUCCCACAGGCAUGGGAAGUUGACACCCCUAUUCUAAACAUUGCCUCUUCAAGGGCUUUGGUAGAUUUACUACCAAACACAUACAUCACACACAACAAGUAGCCUUUCAAGAAUGUAGUAGAGAUGAGAAAAAAUGAUUUGCAAAGAGACUUCCUUAAAGUGCUUGAAGAGAAAGAGAUAAGCAGCCAAAUUAGGGGAGGCCAAGUUAUAGAAUUUGGUGAGAACCCAGGUUGAGGGAAAGAGGAAAAAAAGUAAAACCAUGAAUUAAAUUAACAGAGUGCUGCUAGUGUGAGAGUUGGAAUGAGUUAACAGAUUCCUAACCAAUAGUAGGAAACAAAGACAGCAAGUGGGUUUAAAAAAGAUACUUUAGUCUUUUAAUAUAAUAUUGAAACCUUAAAGAGAAGACGUUAGUAAGUGUUAAAUUGGCCAAGAGUCCUAGUCAGAAGGUGCAAGCAGGCAGUUGUAGGAUAACGGAAACCUGUGUGGAGAUUAAAUGAAUGAGUUAGGAAAGCCUUCUAGAAAACGCCCCUGGAAAAGGAUCAGGAACCAUGUUGUGGGAAUGGUGAAGAACUGGUGGAAAUUUAAGAGAGGAGAUAAUCUUGAAAGUCUUGCUUUUUUUUUUUUGCAAAUGUAUUAAAAUGAGAAGUAUUAUAAAGAUAGAGGAAACACAUCAUGUUUAGUGGUCUUGAAAAUGAUAAACUUUUACAGAAAAGAAAAUAAUUAUGACAACUUGGGCCCUUCCUGGAAAUUUCCAGAUAGUUCCCCAUACUCAGAAGAAUGAUUAAGAGAGAGAAUCUGUGACUGGUUAUGAGGAAGGAUGGAAAAUUUUGAAGGACGGGUUGAUUAUGUAAUUUUUAGACUGUGUUGUUUAAAACUGUUGCUGUGAUAUUUAGUUAUUAAUAACAAUUUGGGGAAAUCUAGCCACUUCUGGAGAAACAUUUGGCUCUAAUAAGAAAGAAAUGCCACUGUUUGUGAAUUCCCAAGUGGAUGUAAAGACCCAUUCACUUGCUAAGCCUCUUAGGAAACCCAGAGCCGGUUUUACCCUUAACAAGCUGUUGACAGAGUCUGGUCAAGGUACCACCUGGAACAUGUUAACAAUACAAAAAAGUGGAUGUGGAGUCAGACCUGUGUUUCAAUCCCUUUAUGUCACCCCCCAUGUGACCCUGGCAGAUUACCCAUGGAAAAUUUCUAGGGUAUAAAGGUUGUUUUACACACAGUAGCUAUGAUUCUCACUGCUUGGAUGGUAAGAACUUAGAACUCUGAAUACUUAACUUCCAGUACCAACAGCAGCCUACAACAGCCUACAAUCAUAGCGCGCUUACAUAAUACCAAGUACUCUUGAAAAUGCUUCACAUGUAUUAUCUCAUUUAGUUCUUAAAAAGCCCUACAAGGUAGGCACUAAUAUUAAAAUUAGUCCCAUUUUAUAGAUGAAGAAGCCACGGGAGUUGAGCUAACUUGCCUAAAGUGUUAGCCUUGUAAGCAACAAAGCUGGGCUUUAAACCCAGGCAGGCUGAAUCCAAAGCGGAAUUGCCUUGCCCUACCACCUCCCACCUUCCAGUCACAGGGAAACACAGAGAGCAAUACCGCAUACUAGCACUUCCCAACCCUGGUUCCUUAUCCAUUUGCCUCAGUUUUCUUGGAGGUCUUUGUGUAAUUUUCAGAGUUUCCAAAAGCUUCAGUGGAAACAUACAAACAUGCAAUUAUUAAUAGACCACAGAUUUUUUAGGUUGGAAUCCACUAUUAACAACAGGUUAGCUCAGGUUUUGAGGAAGCUCUGAUUGGUAAUUGCAUAUACAAAAACAUUGCAGGUUUUUGUUUUUUUUAAGUGGGAAGAUGAAUCAUUACUUAAUAAAUGCAAUUUAAUUGAGUAGAUCUUUCUGAACACAUGGCGCAUGGAGGAAGAAUAAAGGAUGCUUGGCUUUGAGGAGGUUGGGAAAUGCUAAUAUACAUGUGUACGCAUAUUGCCCAAACUAUCGGCCUUCAAAACUCUUCAUUUUUAAAUAACAUGAUUCUUUAAUUUGACUUUGAGUCAAUAUAUUUUUCCCUCAUUAUUUAAAAUGUUUUGUUGGCUUUAUAUUUCAUAUUGGAGUCUAUUCAUCAAGUGAUCACAUUCUUAAAACAUGGUCAGGAACUGGGAUGCAGAAUUUCAAGUACUGUAGAUUCCUGGCUGAAAACGUAAAGAAUUGACUUUUUAAUCUUUUUAAGCUGUGGCCUUGAAUUUUUUUAAGAAAAUUUAAUAAUAAGACUCUACUAUCAAAACACAGGGAACAUGGACGAUUUAAAAAAAAAAAAAAAAAAACACCUGUCCAUUAUUCGUGCAUUAGCUCCACAUGGCCAGCUUGUGGCAGGCCCUCUCUGAAUACUUUUUCAAUGAGCAGCCCCUGGAUCUUGGAAGAAAGAUGCCAGCGGCCAGGGCCCUUCAUUUAAAGAAGAGGACUGGGUCUUUUGCGUGAAAUAGUUUCUGUGCCACGUUGGGAAAAAUCAAUCUAGGCCUCUCUUGACGGCCAUGGAAAAAUACAGAUCUUGAUGUGGAAGAAAUGGAGGACUCAGAACCAAGGAUUUCCAAGUGAUUUCUUCCAAAGCACAGGAAUCUCACUCUGUUAAAGCUGGUCUGUUCUAACUGAGAUGACAGUCAUGUCCCUUUCCAGGGACCUCAAGGACGACUUUCACAGUGACACGGUGCUCUCCAUCUUAAAUGAGCAGCGCAUUCGGGGCAUUUUAUGCGAUGUCACUAUCAUUGUGGAAGACACCAAAUUUAAAGCCCACAGCAAUGUGCUGGCAGCUUCAAGCCUGUAUUUUAAAAAUAUCUUUUGGAGCCAUACAAUCUGUAUUUCCAGCCACGUCCUGGAGCUGGACGAUCUCAAAGCUGAAGUGUUUACUGAAAUACUUAAUUAUAUCUACAGUUCCACAGUCGUUGUCAAGAGACAGGAAACAGUCACUGAUCUUGCAGCUGCAGGAAAAAAGCUGGGAAUAUCGUUCUUGGAAGACCUUACUGAUCGCAACUUCUCAAAUUCCCCGGGUCCCUAUGUAUUCUGUAUUACUGAAAAGGGAGUGGUUAAAGAAGAAAAAAAUGAAAAAAGGCAUGAAGAACCAGCCAUCACUAAUGGGCCGAGGAUCACAAAUGCAUUUUCCAUCAUCGAAACAGAAAAUAGUAAUAACAUGUUUUCCCCGCUGGACUUGAGGGCAAGUUUCAAAAAGGUCUCCGACUCCAUGAGAACAGCUAGCCUUUGCCUGGAGAGGACGGACGUCUGCCACGAGGCAGAGCCUGUCCGCACACUCGCCGAGCACUCAUACGCUGUCUCUUCCGUCGCCGAGGCUUACAGAAGUCAGCCUGUACGUGAACCUGAUGGCAGUUCACCUGGUAACACAGGGAAAGAAAAUUGUGAAGCCCUUGCAGCGAAACCGAAAACCUGCCGGAAGCCAAAGACAUUCUCCAUACCACAGGAUUCUGAUUCAGCCCCAGAAAAUAUACCACCCCCUCCAGUAUCCAACUUAGAGGUUAAUCAAGAAAGAAGUCCACAGCCAGCUGCCGUUCUCACUCGUUCAAAGUCUCCAAACAAUGAAGGAGAUGUCCAUCUUUCCAGGGAAGAUGAAAAUCAAUCUUCUGAUGUUCCUGGGCCACCAGCAGCAGAGGUUCCACCUCUGGUGUACAAUUGUAGCUGCUGUUCCAAAGCCUUUGACAGCAGCACUCUGCUCAGUGCGCACAUGCAGCUUCACAAGCCAACCCAGGAGCCUUUAGUGUGCAAGUAUUGCAACAAACAAUUCACCACCCUGAACAGGUUGGAUCGGCAUGAACAGAUCUGCAUGAGGUCAAGCCACAUGCCCAUUCCUGGAGGAAACCAACGCUUUUUAGAAAACUAUCCUACCAUUGGACAAAAUGGAGGUUCAUUCACAGGUCCAGAACCUUUAUUAUCUGAAAAUAGGAUUGGUGAAUUUUCCAGUACUGGAAGUACUUUGCCAGACACGGACCACAUGGUUAAAUUUGUUAAUGGGCAAAUGCUCUAUAGUUGCGUUGUGUGCAAACGUAGUUAUGUGACCUUAUCUAGCCUCCGAAGACAUGCAAAUGUUCACUCCUGGAGAAGAACAUAUCCUUGCCAUUACUGCAACAAAGUAUUUGCAUUGGCUGAGUACAGGACAAGGCAUGAAAUUUGGCAUACGGGAGAAAGACGAUAUCAGUGCAUUUUCUGUCUUGAAACUUUCAUGACCUACUACAUACUCAAAAAUCAUCAGAAGUCUUUCCAUGCCAUCGAUCAUAGACUUUCCAUCAGUAAAAAAACAGCAAAUGGAGGCUUGAAGCCUAGUGUCUAUCCAUAUAAACUUUAUAGGCUACUGCCUAUGAAAUGCAAGAGAGCCCCUUAUAAGAGCUACCGAAAUUCUUCCUAUGAAAAUGCACGAGAAAACAGUCAAAUGAAUGAGUCUGCACCUGGUACCUAUGUUGUUCAGAAUCCACACAGCUCUGAAUUACCAACGCUGAAUUUCCAAGAUACUGUAAACACCCUGACCAACAGUCCAGCCAUCCCGUUGGAAACAUCUGCAUGUCAGGACAUACCCACUUCUGCCAAUGUACAAAAUGCAGAGGGUACCAAAUGGGGAGAGGAGGCAUUGAAAAUUGAUCUUGACAAUAACUUUUAUUCAACUGAGGUGUCAGUUUCUUCCACUGAAAAUGCUGUCAGUUCUGACCUCCAGGCAGGGGAUGUACCUGUUUUGUCUUUGAGUAAUAGUGAGAAUGCCGCCUCUGUGAUCAGCUACAGUGGCUCUGCGCCCUCGGUCAUUGUACACAGCAGCCAGUUUUCAUCAGUGAUCAUGCACAGCAAUGCCAUUGCUGCCAUGACCAGCAGCAACCACAGAGCCUUUUCAGACCCAGCUGUCAGUCAGUCCCUGAAAGAUGACAGUAAGCCCGAGCCAGAUAAAGUGGGUAGGUUUGCAAGCAGACCCAAAAGCAUUAAGGAGAAAAAGAAAACUACAUCACAUACCAGGGGAGAAAUACCGGAGGAGUCAAACUAUGUUGCUGAUCCUGGAGGAUCAUUGAGCAAAACCACAAAUAUUGCUGAAGAAACCAGUAAAAUUGAAACCUACAUUGCAAAACCUGCUCUGCCGGGAACCUCCACAAAUAGUAACGUUGCACCCCUUUGCCAAAUAACAGUGAAAAUUGGAAAUGAAGCCAUUGUGAAAAGGCACAUUCUAGGAUCUAAACUGUUUUAUAAAAGAGGGAGAAGACCCAAGUAUCAGAUGCAGGAGGAGACUUUGCCACAGGGGAAUGACCCAGAACCUAGUGGAGACAGCCCACUCGGGCUUUGCCAAUCCGAGUGCAUGGAGAUGAGUGAAGUGUUCGAUGACGCAAGUGACCAGGAUUCCACUGACAAACCGUGGCGCCCUUACUACAACUACAAACCCAAAAAGAAAUCCAGACAGUUGAGAAAAAUGAGGAAAGUCAACUGGAGGAAGGAGCACGGAAACAGCAGCCCGAGCCAUAAAUGUAAAUACCCAGCAGAACUGGAUUGCGCCGUGGGGAAGGCUCCUCGGGAUAAACCCUUUGAGGAAGAAGAAGCUAAAGAGAUGCCCAAGCUGCAGUGUGAACUCUGCGAUGGAGACAAAGCAGUCGGGGCUGGAAACCAAGGAAGGCCCCACCGGCAUCUUACUUCUCGGCCAUAUGCCUGCGAGCUCUGCGCCAAGCAGUUCCAGAGCCCUUCCACACUCAAAAUGCACAUGAGAUGUCACACCGGGGAGAAGCCAUACCAGUGCAAGACCUGCGGACGGUGCUUUUCGGUGCAAGGAAACUUACAGAAACACGAACGCAUCCACCUGGGCUUGAAGGAGUUCAUCUGUCAGUAUUGCAACAAGGCAUUCACCUUGAAUGAGACCCUCAAAAUCCAUGAAAGAAUCCAUACUGGAGAAAAGCGUUACCACUGUCAGUUCUGCUUUCAGAGAUUUUUGUAUCUCUCCACCAAAAGGAAUCACGAGCAGAGGCAUAUUCGGGAGCAUAAUGGGAAGGGUUAUGCCUGCUUCCAGUGCCCCAAAAUUUGCAAAACAGCUGCUGCCCUUGGAAUGCACCAAAAGAAACACUUAUUCAAAAGCCCAAGUCAGCAGGAGAAAAUAGGUGACAUGUGCCACGAAAACUCAAAUCCCUUGGAGAAUCAACAUUUCAUUGAUUCAGAAGACAAUGACCAAAAGGAUAACAUACAAACCGGUGUGGAAAAUGUUGUCCUUUGAGUGGCAAGAGUUAGAAAAAUCUUCAAAAAUAUAGUUGGUGGUUUUUUUUAGUUAUGAUUUAAGUUUAGUUUAAUUUUGUUCACAUGACAGUCAUGAAGGAGUGAAAUUAAAAAAAAAAAAACUCAUUUGUGAAAAUUCCAGAAAAAGGAUCCUAAUAUCUACUUUGGGUUUUAGCAUUAACUUUAUGCAAAGUGCACAAAAACAAAAUAGCUGACUCCUCCAAUAUCCCAAGUUUCUUGUGAAAGUUAAUGAAGUUCUUAGCUGUGGUAUUUCUACCAGUGAAAAAAGGAGUUUAAUUUUAGCCUAGUUUAAAACUUUCUAAUAAUUGCUAAUAAGAACUGGCUGCUGAACUGUCUUUAGUCACUGGAGAAAAUAAGGGUCAGAUAUCCUGAAGAUGGCAUCUUCGUAAAUAUGUUACGUGGUAAUGAGCUGUGUGACGGUGUUUAUUCACAUCUGGCUUCUGCACUAUUAAAAUUUGUUUAAAUUAAUGGAUACACAUGAAAUACUUAAACAAUAUAACUGAAAUUAUGUGCAUAAUGAGUAACCUAAAGUAGGACAUUCAUACAUUAUGUAGAACUACUUUUCUGCAACACAAACCUUGUAAAAUACAUAUAUAAAUCACUAUAACUUUUAACUGUCCAUAUCCCCUGUAGAGAAUUAUGAGGAGCAAUAGAUCUGCAAAUAAUGAGGACUCAUGUAAAAAUCAAUAGAAAGCAUUUUGAAUAUGAUUUAAGAGCAUGUGAAUGCUUUUAGAUGGAAUGCUGUUCCCUUGAAGUUAUGGCUGAGCUGUUCUUAGAACUGGUCUACUCAAUUCACAGAAAACAUAGGUCAUGCCUUAUCUAUGGGGGAACACCCUCCCAGAAUUUACCUGUGAUUACCUGUGCUGCAUAUUACUUUGCAAUGGCCUCAUCUCAGAGAAUGAAAGAGGGUCACAUUCUUCUGAAACUCUCUGCAGUCUUCCAGCCACCACAAGGCCAUGGAUGUGGGGGUUUAUUCCAGACAGACUUAAAGGUUCAAGUGGAACCUGCCAUCUCCCAUUCCACUGAAGGACUAUCCAAGAGAUUUAGUGCAAGGUACACUGCAGUAGUGAAUUCCCAGGCACUUGAAAGUGACUGCCUAAUCCCUACAAUUACUAGCCUUCUUGGAGAUUAUGCAGCCCACAAGUACAGACUAGUAUAAAGCAAAAGGACAAAGGAACCCCCACCCUCCACCCCACCCAUUAAUGACUUGAGUGGGCAAGAAGAAGUGAUGGCCUUCCUUGCCUAAAACAGUAGCUUUGUUUUUAGGGGAUGGGAAGGUAGGAUGUGGAGUGACAUGGUUCUAUCCUUUACUUAUGAGACUCAGAAAUAUAUCUACAAAGCCAGAUGCUCUGUCUUCAUAUUUGCAGGCAUCUAGACCCCUUGCUAAAAACCCACUGAAGUUUUUUUUUAAUGUUCUUUGACCCACACCAUCAACAUUACCCUAAAAUCUAAUUGCCCUACAGCAUAUUCUGUCAUGUGGACUAGGUUCCUGGAAAGCUGGAACUCAUGAUUCUUUUUUAAACUGCCGGAAUAGAAGGGAGAGAGAAAACAUUUCUACCCCUUUGAUCACCGGUGUGAACAGAAUCCGGAAUGCAGUUUCAGCGUGACCUGCAGUCAUUCAUGUUCAUUGGAUUUGACAGAUGGAAACCCAAGGUUAUCGAAGAUUGGAAGGUUAUCAUUGUGAAGAAGUAGCUCAAAGGACUCCGGUUUCUGUCUACAAGUGUGAUGUCUCCAUGAAGAAGACUUUGUAUGGAUUUGGGUGGGUAAGAAAGCAUUUAAACGCCCAGGAAAGGACAUGAUUAAAGUUGACCUUUUAAUACUGUAGUACCUUGCUGUUAAGUAACCCCACUAUUGUAUCUGCAUUUAUCUUUUGUUCAUCUACUUUCACUUACAUACAGUAUUAUAUAAGUAGAGAAAAAUGGGAAAAUGCAAGCAAAUUCAACUUUAUUUUAUACGUUGUAUAUAUGUGUACCCUACACUAUUCAUUUCGGUUUUAUUAAAGAGAUAGUCACAAAGGGCUUAUGAAAAUCAUUUUUGAAUUGAUAAUUAGAAUAUUGAAUAAGCAAUCCUAUGAUCCACUAAUUUGUUUUAUCAGUUAAUAUGAAUCAAAGACAAUUACUGUGUAUUCUAGUCAUUUUGAUUUGAGUUAACCCCAAAUAUAAAAUUACCUGUAGUGAUGUCUCUCUCCCAGCCCUUAUAUGUGGAUAUUUUUUAAGUGGACUUGUAUGCUGAUAAUUCUAGACCAAAGUAAAUAUGGCAGAAUAUUUAUACAUGAAAAAAUAAUUUUGCAAAUAUUUUCUAUAAUUGUAUUCAUUUAAAAUGUUGAUAGCUUGUGUUAGUUUCAGGGAGGGGUGUAUAUUUUGAUAAAAAAAUACUUGACUUUGUAAUUCUGUAUAUUCUAUACAAUUUAUAGCAGAGCCGUUUUAAGACAGCCUUGUCACAUUUUUUUGUUAAUUGUGAAAAUUUUAUUGAGUGAUGUUUAAGUAUGCAUUGAGUACAUGACCAACUAGAAUUAAAGUAAGUGUAAACAGUGAACAUACUGUAUGCUGUACAAGAUAUAAUGUAACUUGCUGUUUUAGCAUCUGUAUUUUGGUUAGAAGAUAUUAUUAAAUGCAGAUGUUAAGGAUUGGAAAAGUCUAAUUUUAUUUUUAGAAAUAAUGGAUAUAAAUUUGUUUUUGCUUGAUUAAAAUAGCUUAUUCCUACAUUAAGUCUCUUUUUAAAUGUUUUAAUGUUAUUUCUUUUGUGCAGCUAUUUCAUCUGUGUGAGUCACAGCUUUGUUUCCACGUAUUAUUCAGUUUAUUUCUGUUUCCUUGUUUAUAUUACGUGGUACCUACUUACAUGCUUAGGAGUCAAAUGGAUUAUGACAUUAGGAAAAAAAGCAGAAUAAAAGAGAUUGAAGCCUUC